AGGUCUGCCUGUGAAUCUGCUGUAGAGCUUGUCAAGUUGGAAGCAAGGAAGGAGAAAAUUGCUCCAGAUCAGUGCAGGUCCAUCUGCAGUGGUAGCUGUGGUGGCCCUGGAGUGGCAGAAGACCAUCCCUCUCAGCAGGUCUGCACCCAGGAGCCGUCAUCUUCCUGCAGCCUGAGUGUGCCUCUGCCCUCUGUCUGUAUCGUUAACAGAGGCUGUGUGUUUUCAGAGGGGACUCUGUGACUGUUGAGCUGAAAAUUGUCUCUAACUCUUGCUUCCAAGGCUAUAGCCUGACCCAGUGAAAGAGUGUCAAGACACUGACCCGAAACACGUUGAGUACCAAGGUCGAGACUGAAUAGGGCUAUAUAGCUAGACUUCAGUCAUGACUAAGAAUAAGGCUAGAGGCCGGGCUAAAACUAGAAAAGGGGCUGGUAUAAAGGCUGAAGCAGAGAGGGAGGCUACUGGCAUAGUCAAGGCCAAGGCAGGGUCUGAGACAGAUGCAGUAGCAGAGAUGAAGGCAGUGUCUAAGACUAAGAUUGCUGCUGAGAUGAAAGCCGAGACGAAGGAAAGAGCCCUGUCAGAGCCUACGGCUCUGGUCAAAGCCAUGGCUAAGGUGAUGCCUGGAUCCUGGGCCAGGUCAGGGGGGAAGAUCAAUACAGACUUCGGUCCCAGGGCUGAGGAUGAGGCCACUGUGUCUUGUUUUUCUUGUGUGGCUGAGACCAGUGCUGCAUCUGGGUCCACACAGAAAGAUGAGACUGGUAUUGAUACCUGGUUCUGGGAUGGGGAAGAGGCCAGUAUCGGUUCCUGGUUCUGGAAUGGGGAAGAGGCUGGUGAUCUGUCCAAUGCUAAGGAUAAAGAUGAAACUGAUACUGGUGCCUCGCUCAGUGCUGAGGAGUUGGGUGUAGAGCCUGCGACUGGAGCCAGCUCCAAGCCUAGGCCAGGGGUGGAAGAGGGGGAGGAGGAGGAAGAGGAGGAAGGGGAAGUCAUCAUUGGGAGCUGGUUUUGGGAUGGAGAUGACACUAGUUUUGACCCUAAUCCUAGACCAGUGUACAGGAUAGUUAAGCCCCGGGUUGAGUGUGAAAUUGAUGAAAGAAAUAGGCCCAGGGACUGGUCUGAGGUAGCUCUCUGGCCCAACGCCCCUGCUGACAUUUCAGCAUUGUUAGCGUUGGCACGCCAGGUCCCGUUGAGGACAAGGCCUGUUUCAUAUAUCGCCUUGUCCUCAGCUAAGAAAAAAACCCGUUCUCUGCCUGCGGCAGAAGCCGAUCUCUGUAAGGGCACUUCCUUAUGCCUACAGUCUAUACAUGCGUACCCGUUUAAUUCUGAGACUUGCACUCAGGCCAUAGAGAAGAUCAGACACCAAAUCAGGAUCAGGGAGUUGAAUGGGAUUAAGCCAUUUGCUUGCCCUUGCAAAAUGGAAAGCUGCCUGGGUUCUGAGGAAUUUGAAAAACUUGUUAGCUUACUCAAGUCAAAUAGUGAUCCUCUCAUUCAUAAAAUAGCUCAAAUUGCAAUGGGUAUCAUUAAUGUUCAUCCAUAUGCCCAACAGUUAAUUAAUGAGAUGGGUGUGCUGACCGUUAUUGAAAGCUUGCUCGAUUUUCAAUUCCCGGACGUGACAAGAAAGGCUGAAAUUACUCUGAAUCCCAUUUCUGUGGAUGAAAGAGAACGCAUGAUUGACUUACAUGUUGUGCAUAUGUGUAAGGAAACCGUGUCUUUUCCCUUGAACUCACCUGGACAGCGAUCUGGAUUAAAGGAAUUAGGGCAACUGACUACUGAUUCUGACCGUCACUACAUUGUUGCUGGUUACCUUACAGAGCUUUUCCGUAUACUGGCCCAGGGAAAUCGUAAAACCAGAAAUCUUGUUUUGAAAGUAUUUUUGAAUAUGUCUGAAAAUCCCAUUGCAGCAAGAGACAUGAUUGAUAUUGAGGCAUUGUCAGUAUUAAAGCUCAUCUUUAACCAGAAAGAGGCAAAAGCCAAUCUUGUUACUGCCGUGGCCAUAUUCGUUAACAUAAAGGAGCAUAUCAGAAAGGGAUCGAUUAUAGUUGUUAAUCCCUUGAGUUAUAAUGAACUCAAGGCCAUGUUCCGUGAAGUUAAAAUGAUUAUUGAAAAAUUGUAAAAUGAGCAGGAACUAAAAGAGAAAACUUGGAACAAUCUCCAAACUUUAAUAGGCUGUGUGUUCCCAAAGAGCCUUGCAUAAUGUUUUGGUUAUUACAGUGUGCACCUUAUAAAUUGCAUCUUUAAUGUGGUGUUACUUGUGAUAGUCUCUGGGUUCGAGCUAGACCCUAUUUGGGAUAUCAGAGGAAUAUUACCCCUUGAGCCGAAAAUACCUGUUGAUUUUUAUCUUGUCUAGUUGGGAGAUUUGUGACAUUUUUCGUUAAGUAGAUUGUGAACCAACGUUGUAAGCUAGCUAGCUUGUUCGUUAGUAUCUACAUAGAUCCAUUUGUGGCUUCAUGUGGCAAAAAACAAAAAGCAAAACGAAACAAAAAAUCUUCAGGUUAUAGUCUAGUUGUAGAAAUAAGGCAUAUGCAUACAAAAAUAAUAAGCUACAGUACCUACAGCGUAUAUAUGCUCAUUGCCAAAUGUGCCCUGUCGAUACUUAAGGGAAGCAGGGAUUGCUACAGCACAGACCGUUUAAUGUAAAAGGAGUAACUAUUAUCCCCCAUUCCACCUGCAUCACACAACUCAUUCUACAACACAUAAAUGGACCUGAGUUUCAGUCAAAAUGUUAUCUUAGUUUAUUUUUUUUAUCUUGGUACUACAUUUGUAGCUCUUACAGUAUCAGGGCGUUUGGUUUAUGUCAAAAUCAUCUCUUACAGAAAGAAAGGAAGUAGGUUUACAGAGGAAAACAUUCCCCGAGUGCCUACUCUAUGUCAGAAACUGUUUGCACCAUAUUUUACAGUUUUUUUUUUUGUUGUUGUUGUUCUCUGUCACGAUAUCCUAUUAGAUAGGCUACUAGUGUUUCUUUUUAUUGUAAGUCGUUAUUUUGGGUUCUCUCCA